UGCAAAUACCCCACCAAGCCGCACCAAAACAUUCUCCCCAAACAAUCAACUCGCGCCACACCUGUCCUGUUUGUUCUUAUUAUUGCAGAAGACUUUUCUUGAUCUCUAUUACUUUUCUUUUGUAGCAAACAUCAUGUCGACGGACAAGCUUUUCUCCCUCGAGGGCAAGGGCCUCAAGCUCACCACUGCGGAGGACAUUGAGCCGCAUAUCAAGGCCCUAAAGGAGAACAACGAUGUCGAAGAAGUCAGGUUUCUGGGCAACACACUAGGCAUCGAAGCUUGUGAGGCCUUGGCAAAGGUUCUGGAGACCAAGAAGAACCUGAAGGUCGCAAACUUCGCCGACAUCUUCACGGGCCGUCUCCUCUCUGAGAUCCCAGCUGCGCUACAGCACCUCGUAAAUGCUUUCCUCACAUUACCAAACCUUCAAACCGUCGACCUUUGCGACAACGCCUUCGGUCUCAACACCGUUGCCCCUCUCGUCGACUUCCUCUCCGCACACACUCCCCUCCGUUUCCUCUACCUGAACAACAAUGGCAUGGGCCCAGCUGCUGGCGUGCUUCUCGCCGAUGCCCUCACAGCCCUCGCAGGCAAGAAAGAAGCCGCGCGCAAAGAAGGCAAAGACGUCCCCGACCUCGAGCUCGUGAUCUGCGGCCGCAACCGCCUCGAGAACGGCAGCAUGCAAGCCUGGGCCAAAGCCUACGCCGCGAACAAGGGCGUCAAGACAAUCAAAAUGACGCAAAACGGCAUCCGCCAAGAAGGCAUCACCCACCUCCUCACACACGGCAUCGCGCACCUCUCCAAGCUCGAAACCCUCGACCUGCAAGACAACACAUUCACAGCUAUGGGCGGUAAGGCGCUCAGCAACGUCGUUGGCAACUGGCCCGCCCUGCGCGAACUCGGCGUCGGCGACUGUUUGCUCUCCGGCCGCGGCGGUAUUGCACUCGCGAAUGCCCUGCAGAAGGGCAACAACAAGAACAUUGAGGUUCUGCGCCUGCAAUUCAACGAGAUCAACGCAAAGGGGCUCGCGGGCCUGGCUACCGCCGCACCGAAACUUCCUGCUCUGCGCCGCGUGGAAAUCAACGGGAAUAAGUUCGAUGAGGAGGAUCCGAGCAUCGAGAAGUUGCGCGAAAUUCUCGAUGCGAGGAAAGAGGAGAGUGGUGAGAGGGAAGACGAUGAGGAGUACUGGGGCCUUGAUGAGCUGGAUGAGUUGGAGAGCGAUGAUGAGGAUGAAGAGGAGGACAGCGAUGAUGAAGCGAAGAAGGGCAGUGAUGAUGAGGAGGAGGGUGUUGAGGUCGAGGAGCGCGCAGCGAGGCAGUUGGUUGAGGAGCAGAGGGCGGAAGACUCGACUGUGGCGCAGGACAAGGACAAGAAGGUCGAUGAUUUGGCUGAUGUGCUGGCGAAGACUGAGAUUAAGUAGGUGAGAAGGACGCUGCCCGUUGCCUGGAGCAUGGCUUGACGCGCAUGGAGGUUACUGCGGGUAGAUCAGAUGCAUAACGAGGCGAUACCAUAGAAUUCAUGAUUUUCAUUUUU